AUGCGGGUCCGCGAAGCCCGCAGUCAUCACGCCGACGAACACCCCACAGGCGACCAUGCUGACCAUGGAGAGGCGGCCCAGCAGCAGGGCCUGAUAGGGGUUGCGCAGCAGCCACAACAGCAGCAGCUGGUCGGGAGCCAGCCACAGUUUGCCCAGCAGCAACCGCAGUACGCGCAGCCGCAGCAGCAGCCGCAGUUCGCGCAGCAGCAGCUGCAGCACCCGCAGCAGGCUGCCCAGCUGCAGGCGCAGCCCCAGCAGGUCCAGCAGGUGGUCCUCACGCAGGUAGCCGUGGAUCAGUUCGGCCAACCGAUCUAUCAGGACGCGAGCGGCAACUACUUCGACCAGACCGGUCAGCAGGUGAUGAUCGCUGGCCAGCAGCCCGCCGCCCAGCAGAUGGCACCGCAGCAGCUGGUCCAGCCGGGAAUGGCGCAGCAGGGCUUCCCCGCGCAGGCCUUGCCGGACGGUCCUGAGGCGGAGGCGAGGAAGGAGGUCGACGACAAGCAACUGGAGUUCGCCAAGUACGUCCUGGAGCUCCAGAAACACAAGUACGGGGAGGACCAGCCGCAGCUCCUGGAGUGCGCGGCAAUCGUCGACCAGGCGGAGGUGGCCAAGAGCACGGACGGGAACUUGGGCGUGUGCCAGAUCCUCAUGCGCCUCUCCGACACGGGGCGGAAGCUCGAGCGUGCGCAGGGCCGCAUCGACGCCAUCGAGUUCAAGGACCACUGUGGCAAGAAGAAGGAGCUGGAGGAGGCUCGGGACCAGGCGCAGCUGCGCGUGGCGAGCGCAAUGCUCCAGGCGAUCCCAGCAGGGGCGGCCCGUGGGCGCGCGAUCCGAGGCGCGCUCGCGAAGACCGUCGAUGCCGGGGGGCUCAACGAGCACACCGAGGCCAGUCUCAAGGCCGAGGUGGAGGCGGCCGUCGAGGUGCUGACCACGCUCAUGGAGCGGGUGGCGGCCCAGCCCCCACCCCCGCCGCCCGCGGCACUGGCCGCGGCCUCAGCGACUGCAAGCGCUGGGGCGCCUGCUGUUGGCAGUGGCGCUGCUGAUGCGCCCAUGGACCCUGCAGAGGAGCCAGUUGCACCCGACCCUACCGACGACGAGCAGGAGUUCUGGGCCAGCAUCGGCCUGGGUGCAGCAGCCGCCGCAGAGGGCGCCGAAGGGCGCGAUGACUUGCUGGCCUGGCGCAAGCGGGCCUGGGAGGCCACCAGCGCUGCGCACAAGAAGGCGCGCGACGGCGAGGAGGACGCGUUCAAAAUGCUGGCGCAGCUCGGGCAGGACCCUCUCAGGGCGCAUUGCGAUUGCAAGGACACUGUGAGGUGUGCACGCGACGAGCCUUUCGCCAUGCGCGAGGCCAACGUGCGGCGGCACCUCUGGUCAGCGUGGUGA